AUGAAGGGCUGGCUCCGGACACUCGGCCUAACGGCCCUGCUCGCAGGCUCCGUGCUUGCUAACGAAGUGGAAAUUAAAUCCGACGAGGCACACCGACAACGAUGCUCAGGGAUGUACAGUCGAAAGGCCUGGGGUGGAAAUGUCGACCCCUUUAUCUUGGUCAAGUUCUCUAAAGCCGAUAACCAGGAGGGAGACCCUCUCGCCAGUUUGGUGAUUUUUGAAUGGAAUGACGAAGAAUUGAUUGGCCAGUACCGAUCUGAUGACGCCGAGAUGAAGGAUACCAUUUGCGACGAGGCGGCCGUGGACGCGAAACUUUGCAACCAAGAAGAUGUCGGCUCUUUCAUUCUUACCAAAAACGCCACCGAUGCCUCUCAAAGCCCGAUCAUUUCCAAGGCUGUUCAUCUCAACAACCCCGAUGCCAUCAAGUACCCGGUACACAAGACCGGUUUCUACUGCGUCAGCACCUAUGCAUACUCUGGGGAGGAUUAUAACGCGGUGGUUACUUUCCGGAACUCGUACGGUGAACUUCCUGCGGCGCAAAUUGCUAAGCUUCCGUUCUACGGGGCUCUGACAAUUGUCUACGCUGUUGUCGGAAUGUUCUGGGCAUUCUUAUAUGUUCAAAACCGCCAUGAUAUCCUGCCCGUCCAGAACUACAUUACUGCGAUCCUUGUGUUCUUGAUUGUCGAGCAGCUGAUGACCUGGGGCUUCUAUGAUUACCAAAACCGGCAUGGAUUGAAUACCAUGGCAAAGGCAUUGAUGAUUAUUGUUGCCAUUCUCAAUGCUGGUCGAAACGCCUUCUCAUUCUUCCUCCUUCUCAUCGUCUGCAUGGGUUACGGCGUCGUCAAGCCCUCUCUGGGCCGGACCAUGGUCUAUGUCCGUAUCUUGGCCAUUGCGCACUUCAUUUUCGCCAUGGUCUACUCGAUCGCCAGUCUGUCCAUUACUCCCGAAGGUGCCGGCCCGAUGGUUCUCCUGAUUGUUCUGCCUUUGGCCGGUACCUUGACGGCUUUCUAUGUGUGGACCUUGAACUCGCUCAACGCCACCAUGAAGGACCUGAUCGAUCGUAAGCAGAAGACCAAGGCGCUGAUGUACAAGAAGCUGUGGUGGUGCAUCCUUGGUAGCAUCAUCGUAAUUUUCGGCUUCUUUUUCAUCAACUCAUUUGCUUUUGCCGGCCGCAGUGAUGCCAGCUUUGUUCCCGAGCACUGGAAGACACGGUGGUUCGUGCUGGAUGGCUGGCUCAACCUGGUCUAUCUGUUCGACAUUGCCUUUGUCGCUUAUCUCUGGCGACCAACCGCGAACAACCGGCGCUUCGCUAUGAGUGAUGAGCUCGCCCAAGAUGAUGACGGGUUCGAGAUUCGCUCAUUCGGCAGUGGCCUUGACGAGGAAGAUCCUUUGGAUGCUCCUCCCGAGUACCCCGGCAGUUCCGCUGCAGUUGGGCGUCGCGAUUUGUCGCCCGUGCCUCCCAAGCCUGUCUCGGCGUCGAAUCAGCGGGCCUCCCUCGAUGAGGAGACGAUCUUCGCCGUUGGUGAGGACGGAGACAAGUGGUCGGAUGAUGACGAAUCUCCUCGUAACUCUAGCGAAAGACAACGACUCACCCAUUAG